ACGCCUCGCCUGCCCGGGGGGCGGAGGAGCCGCGGGAGGGGUAGCGGCGCGGUGGCCCCGUCGGCGCUCCGGGCCAGGAUGGUGGCUACCAUGGUCCUCCGGGUGGCCUUCAGCCUGAUUGGCUGGUUCUCCCUCUACACGUGGUCUUGCCAUUGGUUCAAAGGCCGCACCUACGAGUGGAGCUGCAGGCUGGUCACUCUGACUCACGGGGUCCUUGCCACUUGCCUCUCCGGCUACAUCGGCUUCAUCGAUGGCCCGUGGCCUAUGUCUUACCCAGGGUCGCCUAACACCACCCUUCAGGUCCAUGCGCUAUGCAUGAGCUUGGGUUAUUUCCUCUUCGACCUUGGUUGGUGCGUCUACUUCCAGGCAGAAGGGGCUCUGAUGCUGGCCCAUCACACCGUCAGCAUCCUGGGCAUCACCGUCUCCCUCGCCCUGGGCGAGUCUGCCGCGGAGGUCAACGGGGUCAUCUUUGGCAGUGAGAUCACCAACCCGCUGCUUCAGGCCCGUUGGUUCCUCCGGGAGAAGGGGCUCUACCACACUCUUACAGGGGACGUGGUGGACUUCUUCUUCGUGGUGCUCUUCACAGGGGUGAGGAUCGGGGUCGGGGCGUGGCUGAUGUACUGCGUGUUGAUGUCGCCCAAGCCCAAGUGGUUCAUCAAGGUCGGCGGGGUGAUCAUGUACACCGUGUCUUGGGUCUUCAUGGUCAGCAUCUGCCGGUUCGCCCGGAGGAAGAGCAUGAAGAAGUACCAUGCCUGGAGGAGCCGGUGGAGCAAAGAGAUGAACUUGAACACCAACGGGCACCUGAAGGACCAUUGACACCCAAUCUGGGUCCAUGUUCAUGAUCUGGUUAGCAUGGGGCAGGGGGAAGUUUCCAAAUAUCUGGUUCACAAGGCCAUGUGUGUAAGACAGGUCACAUUGGAAUGAAUACCCCGGGCUGCCUAGUAGAUACGUAGAGUGCUGGAUUAAGGCUGGGGAGACCCCGGUUACAAGACCUCCUCAGCCACGAAGCUCACUGGGUGACCUUUGCCAGCCACUUUCCUCUAAGCCCAACAUACCUCACAGGAAUUUUAUGAGGAAAAUGGGAUAACACCUGCCCUGGGUGUUUUGGAGGAAGGGCGGGAUACAAUCUUGAUCAGUUGAUAGACCCACAUCAUGCUGGAGUAGGCUGGAAUAGGCGUCAACUCCAGGGAAAUUUGCACUAUGAAAACAUUGGCGUAUCGUGCUGCAGACGAGGUGUAUUCAAUGAGACGAAAACACUUGUGUACAACACAAAACCUGUUUGCACUCCCAAGGCUGUGAGCACUUGGAAUGCAAUUAACCACACACAACCUCCUCCAGCAAUGUCACUGCUGUACAUGAGAACAGAGGAUGCUCCUUUAUCUUGAGUGGGAUCAUUCGCCCAUGUCUACACUGUACGCUAACUGGCAGCUGAUCCCUAGUUUUUUUCAGGCAAGCAAUGUUCCAGUCCCAACCCUAUCUGGAGAUGCCAGGGGUUGAACCUCGAGAGGACUCGCUAAGCAGCACCAGUUCAUUUUUAUGACGCAUUUCCCCAACAUGCCAUUCAGGGAUCAGGAUAGCUUGUCGUUUAUAGCAUCCAAAGACCCAGAGAAGUGGCACAGGAAGAGAAAGAUUCCUAUUGCUGCCACUUUUUGAAUGCGUAAUAUGAUGCUGAAUCGGAACAAAGAUUCACCCAGCCAGUAUUUGUUUCUGACAGGAAAGCCAGAUGUUAAGCAUGAAGGUGGCAGCAGCCCUUCCAUUCUGCCACCACUAUGAGCCAAUAUUGGGGGGUAUUCCGCCUCUAAGCGUGGCAGUUUCAUUUAGCAAUCAUACUUAAGGGAAUGCUUCCAAUUUCUCUGAAGACCAGGCUUGAAAAUGGGAGACGGUUGGGAUAUAUCAACCCAUCUUGUGGAAACCAGGUAGACAAAAUCGUCUACCACCUCCUGCCCCAGCUGCAACAAAUCAUGUCUCUCCAGUAUCAUUCUCUAUAGCCACAGCAGGCGCUGGACCUCUCCAGUGGUUUUACUUCACUCUCAAAGGC